GACAAGGCGUACAAGCCGCAGUCAGGCGGUGCUUCCGGCAACGCCGCGUACGACGACGACCUUGACUACAAGAAGGAGGACCAUGAGACCAAGCGGUCUGAGCAGUCCGGCCAGAUCCCUAACAGGGAGGUCGAUGACCUGCUCUCGAGCACCACUGAGGAGGAGAGAGAUGUCUCUGGGUACACCCGGGGCGUCGACGUGGAUGCCUACAAGCAGGAGCGCGAGAUGGAUCGCCAGCUCGGCCAGACUGGAGUAAUUGACGAUGAAGAGGACGUCGAUGUGGACCGCUCUACCGGG